AAACCCUCAUUUUCCAAAUAUCUUCAUUGACCGCUGGUCCACCUCCGUCUGCUUGAUGAUUUACAAUAAUGGCGACGCUUUUAUUCUGAGUGUACUUCUGCAAGCCAUUUGACAAAAUAAAUACAUUUGAGGAGAACAAUCAAAUACAUAUGACAAUAAACGUAGCAGGAAACAAUUAUUCCAACAAAAAAAGGACUAAGCUACACUACCUGGCUAAUGUGUUACUUAAGUUGUGGAGGUGGCAUUCUUGCGGAGGCACAAGCGCUAACGUUAGCUAGCAGCUAACAAAGGUCUACAAUUUCGUGACGAUGUGGCUACUUUACAAGCUCUUGGGGUGACACUUUCUUGUGGUCUUGGGACGAAAAACAACUUAAAGGGGAUACUGAGACGUAUCAGUUAUUUCCACAACGUUACAGAACAGCUUGUGGAGUGGAAAGUGCGUGCCAUUCAACAGCUUACUUUGUCAGCUAACGUUAACUCGCUAGCUAGCAUUUUGGGCUAUCUUGGCUUUGCUUCCCAGUUCACUGCGUUGUUGUUGUUUUUAGUUGGUUAACUUAACGUAUAACAUUCACAUUACGAUACAUUUGACUAGCACCUUUGUCGCUAGGGUGUUUCUGCUAUCUUGUUUUUGAACGUUACAGUAAGCAGGCUAGCCACACAGUUCGGCGUGCUACUUGCAAACUAACAAGAUAUUGCUGAAUUGUGUUCUUCUGGACAACAGACCGAUUUUGCAUCGCAAAAUUAUCCUGCCGAACACAGUUAACGUUAGUUAGCAAUCUAGCAUAUUCUGCUAGCUGGCAAUUUGCGAGACCUUUUCGCAAAUGACUACCGGCAGGAAUAACCGUGUGAUGAUGGAAGGAGUUGGUGCAAGAGUGAUCCGCGGACCCGAUUGGAAAUGGGGAAAACAGGAUGGUGGAGAGGGACAUGUAGGCACCGUCAGGAGUUUUGAAAGUCCGGAAGAAGUGGUUGUUGUCUGGGAUAACGGGACUGCAGCCAACUACCGGUGCUCUGGUGCAUACGACGUGAGGAUAUUUGAUAGUGCUCCCACAGGUAUCAAGCAUGACGGCACCAUGUGCGACACCUGUCGUCAGCAGCCUAUCAUCGGGAUCCGCUGGAAGUGUGCUGAAUGCAACAACUAUGACCUCUGCACCACCUGUUACCAUGGAGACAAGCACCACCUGCGACAUCGCUUCUACAGGAUCACUACCCCUGGUAGCGAGAGAGUCCUGUUGGAGUCUCGCCGUAAGUCGAAGAAGAUCACAGCCCGAGGCAUCUUCACCGGUGGCCGGGUGGUGAGAGGAGUGGACUGGCAGUGGGAGGAUCAGGAUGGAGGCAACGGAAGGAGAGGAAAGGUGACAGAGAUCCAGGACUGGAGUGCAGCCAGCCCCCACAGUGCGGCCUACGUCCUCUGGGACAAUGGGGCCAAGAACCUCUACAGAGUGGGCUUCGAGGGGAUGUCAGAUUUGAAAUGUGUCCAGGAUGCCAAAGGAGGCUCUUUCUACAGAGACCACUGCCCUGUUCUCGGUGAGCAGAAUGGCAACAGAAACCCAGGCGGUUUGCAGAUCGGAGACCUGGUCAACAUCGACCUGGACCUGGAAAUAGUCCAGUCCCUACAGCACGGCCACGGAGGCUGGACAGACGGUAUGUUCGAGACUCUCACCACCACCGGUACCGUCUGUGGCAUCGACGAGGACCACGACAUUGUGGUGCAGUACCCCAGUGGGAACAGGUGGACAUUCAACCCUGCAGUGCUGACCAAGGCCAAUGUGGUGCGUAGUGGGGAAGGUGUUGCGGCGGGGGCAGAGGGAGGCAGCUCCCAGUUCCUGGUGGGAGACCUGGUCCAGAUCUGCUACGACAUCGACCGUAUCAAGCUGCUGCAGAGAGGCCAUGGGGAGUGGGCUGAGGCCAUGCUGCCUACCCUGGGCAAGGUGGGCCGCGUGCAGCAGAUCUACUCUGACAGCGACCUGAAGGUGGAGGUGUGUGGAACGUCAUGGACCUAUAACCCUGCUGCCGUCACCAAGGUGGCCCCCACUGGCUCUGCUGUCACCAACGCCUCCGGAGAGCGUCUGUCUCAGCUGCUGAAGAAGCUGUUUGAGACCCAGGAGUCGGGUGAUGUCAAUGAGGAGCUGGUCAAAGCAGCAGCCAAUGGAGACCUGGCCAAGGUGGAGGACAUCCUCAAGAGACCUGACGUGGACGUGAAUGGGCAGUGUGCUGGACACACAGCCAUGCAGGCGGCCAGUCAGAACGGACACGUGGACGUCCUCAAGCUGCUGUUGAAACACAACGUGGACCUGGAGGCUGAGGACAAGGAUGGAGACCGGGCGGUGCACCACGCGUCCUUCGGAGACGAGGGCUCUGUGAUCGAGGUGCUGCAGAGGGGCGGUGCUGACCUGAACGCCAGGAACAAGCGCAGACAGACCCCUCUGCACAUUGCUGUCAACAAAGGCCAUCUGCAGGUGGUCAAGACCCUGCUGGACUUUGGCUGCCACCCCAGCCUCCAGGACUCCGAGGGAGACACGCCCCUGCAUGACGCCAUUAGUAAGAAGAGGGACGACAUGCUCUCUGUGCUGCUGGAGGCGGGAGCUGACGUCACCAUCACCAACAACAACGGAUUCAACGCCCUGCACCACGCCGCCCUGCGAGGGAACCCCAGUGCCAUGCGUGUGUUGCUGGCCAAGCUGCCGCGGCCCUGGAUCGUAGAUGAGAAGAAAGAUGACGGUUACACCGCCCUGCACCUGGCGGCGCUCAACAACCACGUAGAGGUGGCCGAGCUGCUGGUUCACCAGGGCAGUGCCAGCCUGGACAUCCAGAACGUAAACCAGCAGACAGCCCUGCACCUGGCUGUGGAGAGACAGCACACACAGAUAGUCAGGCUGCUGGUGCGAGCAGAGGCAAAGCUGGACGUGCAGGACAAGGAUGGGGACACUCCUCUCCACGAGGCGCUGCGUCACCACACGCUGUCCCAGCUCCGCCAGCUGCAGGACAUGCAAGACGUCAGCAAGGUGGAGCCCUGGGAACCCUCCAAAAACACGCUGAUCAUGGGCCUGGGCACCCAGGGAGCAGAGAAGAAGAGUGCAGCGUCCAUCGCCUGCUUCCUAGCAGCUAACGGAGCAGACCUGACCAUGCGCAACAAGAAGGGCCAGUCCCCUCUGGACCUCUGCCCCGACCCCAGCCUCUGUAAGGCCCUGGCCAAGUGCCACAAGGAGAAGAUCAGUGGCCAGGUGGGCUCUCGCAGCCCGUCUCUGAACAGUAACGGUGAGACCCUGGAGGAGUGUAUGGUGUGUUCUGACAUGAAGAGAGACACCCUGUUCGGACCGUGCGGACACAUCGCCACCUGCUCUCUCUGCUCCCCCCGCGUCAAGAAGUGUCUCAUCUGCAAGGACCAGGUCCAGUCCAGAACCAAGAUCGAGGAGUGUGUCGUAUGUUCUGACAAGAAGGCUGCCGUGCUUUUCGAGCCCUGCGGUCACAUGUGUGCUUGUGAAAACUGUGCCGGCCUCAUGAAGAAGUGUGUACAGUGCCGGGCUGUUGUGGAACGCCGCACGCCCUUUGUCCUUUGUUGUGGAGGGAAAGGUAUGGAGGGUGAUGCCGCUGAUGAUGAUGAUGAUGAUGAUGAGGACCUUACAGGUAACUCUAACUCAGCUCUAAUGGCAGGGGGCUCGCUGGAUCUGCUCCAGCCCAACAAUCUGGCACUAAGUUGGUCCAGCGGUAAUAUCCCGGCCAUGCAGAGAGACAAAGACAACACCAAUGUCAACGCUGACGUUCAGAAACUGCAGCAGCAACUGCAGGACAUCAAGGAGCAGGUAAGCGUGGUGACCAUGUGUCCGGUGUGCCUGGACCGGCUGAAGAACAUGAUCUUCAUAUGUGGCCACGGCACCUGCCAGCUGUGUGGCGACCGCAUGAGCGAGUGCCCCAUCUGCCGCAAGGCCAUCGAGAGGCGCAUCCUUCUGUACUAGAGUCCCAGGCUUCGGUCUGAGCCUUCUACACCCCCACCACCCCCCAUGUCAAGGCCUUCGAGAGGCGCAUCCUCCUGUACUAGAGUCCCAGGCUUCGGUCUGAGCCUUCUACACCCCCACCACCCCCCAUGUCAAGGCCUCCGAGAGGCGCAUCCUCCUGUACUCGAGUCUCAGGCAGGUCUCGGCCUAAUCCCCCAUCUACAACCAGCCACACCAGCUGCUGCUCUCCCAUCUAUCUCGGCGUCUUUACACCAGAAAAACAAAAACAUCAGAAUUACCAAUGUUGCUUCUUUUAAAAAUUGAAAUGUUAUAAAACAAUCAAACAUUAUACUGAAAGAGGUCUUUGGUGUUGUAGCUCAGCUGAAAGCCUGUAGCAGCCUGAUUCUUUGCUUUUCUCCUCAGAAUGCCCUUUCUCCUCUCUCUCGUAUCUCUCUCUCGCUCUUCUCCCUCUCCCCUCUGUUGUUUUCCUGUUUCUGUGUGAGAACGCCUCUUCCUGUUAUUAUUGUAGUGGGGUUAUUGGCACAUAUCCCAACACUGCCCUGUGUUGGCCUUGGGAUAUGGACUGAGGGAUAUGGUCAGAGCCACUUAGUUCCAUCUACAAGGUCCUAUUCAUUAGGGCACGCUCUGCCUCUCCUGUCGAAGGGCUGCCUCUCCUGUCGAAGGGCUGCCUCUCCUGUCGAAGGGCUGCCUCUCCUGUCGAAGGGCUGCCUCUCCUGUCGAAGGGCUGCCUCUCCUGUCGAAGGGCUGCCUCUCCUGUCAAAGGGCUGCCUCUCCUGUCAAAGGGCUGCCUCUCCUGUCGAAGGGCUGCCUCUCCUGUCGAAGGGCUGCCUCUCCUGUCGCUAAACCUAAAACUUAAAACCCAUUUAUCAUUGAUUCUAUUUGUAUUUCUUAUGCAAGAGUAUUGGUAAUAGAAGCUACUGACGUGGAUAUUCAUUACUUUUGUAGUUUACUCAACAUUUCAUGAUAGCUACAAUAUGAUGACAUAUUUGUGUACAUGCAAAAAAAAUGCGAUAUCUAACACUUUUACAAGUUCAGCCAGUCUUCUUCUACACGUGCAUAUUUGAGAUGGGUUGUCGUGACAUGUUGGCGAUUUUGGCAAUGAGGCCCUUUAUUUACCCAGAGUCAGAUGAACUUGUGGAUACCAUUUGCUAACUAGCGCAGUUGCUAACUAGCGUUAGCACAAUGACCUGAAGUCUGCAUAACAUGCUAGCGGAUACAAUAGACUUUCAGUCAUUGUGCUAAUGCUAGUUAGCAAUGGAUCGCUAAAACUACCUCUAACUUCCUUCAUACUGGACACAGACAUAAAAAUGGUACCCACAAGUUCAUUAGACUCUGGGGCAGUAGACAAAGGUCAUUGCCAAAAUCCCGAAGUAUGCCUUUAAGACCUGCACAGGGCAGGUUAGCACGCUAUCUAGGGAGAAAAACUGCUGAUUGAGCAAAAGCAAAAUUGCUGUUCUGUUUGUCUAGACUUUGGAGGUCCAAAUCCACCUUAACUCUGACUGACUGAUAAGGUGGUGAUACCGCUGCAGUCCAAUCGUCUGCUAACACCUCAUCACCUGUACCUUGUUUACCAACCUUUCUCUCUGGAGAAACACAGACAGGCCAGGCACUACAACUUUAGCAUUACAACACCCGUGGUCUGCAAUUGUUAAUACUUAAGUACAGUAGACCCAGUAUAGAUGAAAGUCAAGACAGUGUUUCAUUCAGCCUACUUAUAAGUGAAUACUAUCAUGUACCUGCUGGACAUUUCUGAGGAUGAAUGAACUUUAUUGAGCAUUUGUACAAACAGAGUAUGUCAUCAUGUAUGGCACAAGUUGUUUUAGAGCUGUUCCAAGACUAUAGAUGGUAUUACCUGUCUGGUAUGCAACCAUCCUAUGAUUCUUAUAAGCAUCGCUAAUAACCAUUGAUUAUUCAUGUGCCAUUGCUUCCAAAAAUGAUUUACCUGUUAAAUGUUGUUUGGGGAUAAGGUGCUCUUAAUCUGGUAUUGCUUUUAUUUAAAUGUAUUUUGCAGAAUGUUUUGUAAUAAACACAUUUAUUGAGCUAGAGUGUACAAUCUAAUAGAAAGCCAAGAUGAUAAAAUGUAGAGUAAAUUAUUUUGUAUUGCUGCCCACAAAUAGGAUUUAGAAGUGUAUCUCUAUAGAGCCUUAGCUAUAAUGUAAUGUAGCCGUCCACUCUCACCCACACAUCCUGCUUCAAUAUCAAUGUUGAAAUGUGUCUUUUAGUUUGAUAGACUUCAAGCAAAAAAACACUAAGCAUUAUUUUAUCUUGUUUUGUCUGCAAGUCUAACAUGUUCAGAGUCAAUAAUGAGACUGGUGAUGAGGGAGACAAUUUUGUCAGGUUUUACAUGUAUUCUUCUGCCAGUGUUUUGGGGGAUAGAAAGAAAAUGGUUCCACUGGUGAAGUUGACACUAAUAAGGCAGAUCCGUCUGUGUGGAGCCAAGCUGUUCACCUCGGUAUAAACUGACCAGCUUGACAACGCAAAUAAGCAAUUUUAUAGGAAAGAAAGAAAAGUAGCUUGAUACUUUUUUACUCCCCGUUUUUAUUUCACGGAUGGCGUUAACAUUCUAAAAGCACUAAUAUUGCUUUAUGGUAGUAUUGUCUUGUUAGUUGUUAUAAAGGCCUAUUUUGUACCUUAUGUUCAAAACUUAUUAUACCUGUCAAGAUUUAAAGGUUUCAAUAGUAUUCUUUCCCUUUUUAGGCAUGAAUAUUUUAUUUAUGCAGUAUGACAUGUAUUAUAAAAGCUGGUCACUCUGUAUUGCUUAAGUGCUUUUCAAAGCACCAUGUAACUGAAAUAAAGUUCUGAAUGAAUCUUGAGACCUCUA